UCUUGCCCUGCCCUCAAGUUGCCCGCUUCGCCGCCUGAUUGCACUUGUGGCCGCAGAGCGGGACUCUGAGGCCCUAGGUCUCCAGGGUCUGAGCCAUGUCUGGCUGCCACGCUUCGGAGGGAGACUGUUGCUCGCGGCGAUGCGGCACGCAGGACAAGGAACAUCCCAGAUACCUGAUCCCAGAACUUUGCAAACAGUUUUACCAUCUGGGUUGGGUCACUGGAACUGGAGGAGGAAUUAGCCUGAAGCAUGGCAAUGAAAUCUACAUUGCUCCUUCAGGAGUGCAAAAGGAACGCAUUCAGCCCGAAGACAUGUUUGUUUGUGACAUCAAUGAGCAGGACAUCAGUGGGCCUCCAGCAUCGAAGAAGCUGAAAAAAAGCCAGUGCACUCCUCUUUUCAUGAACGCCUACACGAUGAGGGGAGCAGGCGCGGUGAUUCACACCCACUCUAAGGCUGCCGUCAUGGCUACCCUUCUCUUUCCAGGCCGGGAGUUUAAAAUUACACAUCAAGAGAUGAUCAAAGGAAUAAGGAGAUGUACUUCUGGAGGCUAUUAUAGAUAUGAUGAUAUGCUAGUAGUACCCAUUAUUGAGAACACUCCUGAGGAGAAAGACCUCAAGGAACGAAUGGCUCAUGCAAUGAAUGAGUACCCAGACUCCUGUGCAGUACUGGUCAGGCGCCAUGGAGUGUAUGUGUGGGGAGAAUCGUGGGAGAAAGCCAAAACCAUGUGUGAAUGUUACGACUAUUUGUUUGAUAUUGCUGUGUCAAUGAAGAAAGUAGGACUUGAUCCCACACAGCUCCCAGUUGGAGAAAAUGGAAUUGUAUAAGCCAAAUGGAAGUUUAAGUGUCUAUAAAGAUAAAGUCACACUUAUUACUUAAAUAAAAGUUGACUAUUUUUUCAAUUAA